AGUUUGCUUAUUUGUUUCUUUUCACACUGGCCUUAAAGAGGAUAUAUUAGAAGUUGAAGUAGGAAGGGAGCCAGGGAGGCCGAUGGCGCAAAGGUACGACGAUCUACCCCAUUACGGGGGUAUGGAUGGAGUAGGCAUCCCCUCCACGAUGUAUGGGGACCCGCACGCUGCCAGGUCCAUGCAGCCGGUCCACCACCUGAACCACGGGCCUCCUCUGCACUCGCAUCAGUACCCGCACACAGCUCACACCAACGCCAUGGCCCCCAGCAUGGGUUCCUCCGUCAAUGACGCUUUAAAGCGAGAUAAAGAUGCCAUUUAUGGACACCCCCUCUUCCCUCUCUUAGCACUGAUUUUUGAGAAAUGUGAAUUAGCUACUUGUACACCCCGCGAGCCGGGGGUGGCGGGCGGGGACGUCUGCUCGUCAGAGUCAUUCAAUGAAGAUAUAGCCGUGUUCGCCAAACAGAUUCGCGCAGAAAAACCUCUAUUUUCUUCUAAUCCAGAACUGGAUAACUUGAUGAUUCAAGCCAUACAAGUAUUAAGGUUUCAUCUGUUGGAAUUAGAGAAGGUACACGAAUUAUGUGACAAUUUCUGCCACCGGUAUAUUAGCUGUUUGAAAGGGAAAAUGCCUAUUGAUUUGGUGAUAGACGAUAGAGAAGGAGGAUCAAAAUCAGACAGUGAAGAUAUAACAAGAUCAGCAAAUCUAACCGACCAGCCCUCUUGGAACAGAGAUCAUGAUGACACGGCAUCUACCCGUUCUGGAGGAACUCCAGGCCCUUCCAGCGGUGGCCACACAUCACACAGUGGGGACAACAGCAGCGAGCAAGGUGAUGGCUUGGACAACAGUGUAGCUUCCCCCAGCACAGGUGACGAUGAUGAUCCAGAUAAGGACAAAAAGCGUCACAAAAAGCGUGGCAUCUUUCCCAAAGUAGCCACAAAUAUCAUGAGGGCGUGGCUGUUCCAGCAUCUAACACACCCUUACCCUUCUGAAGAACAGAAAAAGCAGUUGGCACAAGACACGGGACUCACUAUCCUUCAAGUGAACAAUUGGUUUAUAAAUGCCCGGAGAAGAAUAGUGCAACCCAUGAUAGACCAGUCCAACCGAGCAGGCAAGUCCCCCAUAGUCACUGUAUUCAAGUCACGCAAGCGAAAACCAUCCUCAAGCCAUUCACCGGGAGGUCCAUUACCUGUAAGUCAAGGAACACCUUACAACCCCGAUGGACAGCCAAUGGGAGGUUUUGUAAUGGAUGGUCAGCAACACAUGGGAAUCAGAGCGCCAGGGCUGCAGAGUAUGCCCGGGGAGUAUGUAGCUCGGGGUGGUCCAAUGGGUGUGAGUAUGGGACAGCCAAGUUAUACCCAACCCCAGAUGCCCCCCCAUCCUGCUCAGCUGCGCCAUGGGCCCCCCAUGCAUACGUACAUUCCUGGACACCCUCACCACCCAACAGUGAUGAUGCAUGGAGGACCGCCCCACCCUGGAAUGCCAAUGUCAGCAUCAAGCCCCACGGUUCUUAAUACAGGAGACCCAACAAUGAGUGGACAAGUCAUGGACAUUCAUGCUCAGUAGCUUAAGGGAAUAUGCAUUGUCUGCAAUGGUGACUGGUUUCAAAUCAUGAUUUUUCUGCAAUGACUGUGGAGUUCCAUUCUUGGCAUCUACUUUGGACCAAGGAGCAUCCCUAAUUCUUCAUAGGGACUCUAAAAAAGCAGGAAAUACCAACUGAAGUGAAUUUGGGGGACAUGCUAAAUAACUAUAUAAGACAUUAAGAGAACAAAGAGUGAAAUAUUGUAAAUGCUAUUAUACUGUUAUCCAUAUUACGUUGUUUCUUAUAGAUUUUUUAAAAAAAAUGUGAAAUUUUUCCACACUAUGUGUGUUGUUUCCAUAGCUCUUCACUUCCUCCAGAAGCCUCCUUACAUUAAAAAGCCUUACAGUUAUCCUGCAAAGGACAGGAAAGUCUGAUCUGCAGGAUUUUUAGAACAUUAAAAUAACUAUCAAGCAGAAGAAUCUUUCUUCUCGCCUAGGAUUUCAGCCAUGCGCGCGCUCUCUCUUUUCUCUCUCUUUUCCUCUCUCUAGCCUGGGGCUUGAAUUUGCAUGUCUAAUUCAUUUACUCACCAUAUUUGAAUUGGCCUGAACAGAUGUAAAUCAGGAAGGAUGGGAAAAACUGCAGUCAUCAACAAUGAUUAAUCAGCUGUUGCAGGCAGUGUCUUAAGGAGACUGGUAGGAGGAGGCAUGGAAACCAAAAGGCCCUGUGUUUAGAAGCCUAAUUGUCACAUCAAGCAUCAUUGUCCCCAUGCAACAACCACCACCUUAUACAUCGCUUCCUGUUUUAUGCAGCUCAAAAACAUAGACUGAAGAUUUAUUUUUAAUAUGUUGACUUUAUUUCUGAGCAAAGCAUCGGUCAUGUGUGUAUUUUUCCAUAGUCCCACCUUGGAGCAUUUAUGUAGACAUUGUAAAUAAAUUUUGUGCAAAAAGGACUGGAAAAAUGAACUGUAUUAUUGCAAUUUUUUUUUUUUUUUUGUAAAAGUAGCAGUUUGGUAUGAGUUGGCAUGCAUACAAAUUUACUAAGUGGGAUAAGCUAAUUAUACUUUUUGUUGUGGAUAAACAAAUGCUUGUUGAUAGCCUUUUUCUAUCAAGAAACCAAGGAGCUAAUUAUUAAUAACAAUCAUUGCACACUGAGUCUUAGUGUUUCUGAUGGAAACAGUUUGGAUUGUAUAAUAACGCCAAGCCCAGUUGUAGUCGUUUGAGUGCAGUAAUGAAAUCUGAAUCUAAAAUAAAAACAAGAUUAUUUUUGUCA